CGGAGGAGACGGUCGCAGAAAGGGAGACAGCAAGACAGUCCACUCCCUCAGCCCCCAGCCCUUGGGGGCUGACGGGUAGCCAUGGACUUGUACCUAAGCAACUGUUUAAAGGCUGCUGAGGCUGCUGCCUCAAAAGCAGCUUCCAGUAGCCUAAAAACUGACAAAGAAACUUGUAGUACCAAGAGACAGAAACCUGUCAUCCCAAAGAUCGGACCAUCUAGUCUGUUGGAUUUGCCUCUUGGGGCCAAACUGCCAAUUAUCCCAGGAAGUACUAAUAUAUUCUAUACGACAAAUAUAAGUGAAAGGCUUUACCAGCCUUCUUUCGGAUUUAACCUUAAUGAUCCAUAUUGUAAACUCAUGGAAACCACCUACAAAAGUCUUCACGAUCCACACCUAAAAGCAUACUUCAAACGAAAAGACAUCCUCAAGAAGCUAAAACAGGGAGGAUACAUCACCAGCAAUAACAAAGUCAUAUGUUCCUUAAAAGAGCUGAACAAAUACAGACAAUAUCUUACCACUUUAAAAAUUGACUUUGAACGAAAUUAUAUAAGAGAACAAAAAAUUAUAGAAAAUCAAAUGAACAAACUGAACGAAGAAAGACGAGCCUGUGACGACGCUGCUGCUGCUGAAUUUCAGCAGUGGUUGUUACAAGAAGGGAAAAAACCUUGCCCUUAUGAAGACCGAUUAAUAAAACUCAGACAUUUGCGUAUGAUUAACAAAGAACUAGACAAAAUUGAAAAUACCUCAGGAAGAAGAAAUACACUGCAGUUGAAGGAAGAAGACAGACAACAUUGGGAUAAUGUUAGAAGAAAACUGAGUCUACGAAAACAAGUUGAAGAGGAAUGGCAAGCCAAGGAAAUGACACUUCUAACAAAGAUUGGAGAGGAAGUUAAGAGGGAUGCAAAAGUUGAAGAACAUCGCCGGAAAAUCAGAGAGGAAAUUAACCGAAAGAAACAAGCAAUGCUUCAGAAGAGAAUUGCCUACCAUUUACAAAAGCUGCAAAAGAAAGACAGUAAAGAAAAGCAGGAAACAAAUAUUUCUGAAAGCAGAAAACAAUCUGAAACAGCUUCUUCAAUAACCCCCAAAAGAUCAAGUCUCGCUGAGCAGAAAACGUCUCAAGAACAUAUGGAACGAAAACCAUCUACAUCAAGUAUGAGGACAAGUAUCUCUGACCAAAGACUGUUACAAGAUUCAAGAGAGUCAAAAUCUACCUCACAAACUACAAAAGCCAGUUUUGAAGAAGAGAAAUCUUCAUUUUACGAACUUCUGGAAAAAAAAUUUUCUCCAACAGAGACAAGGAGAUCAAGUUUGCCCGAUGAAAAGACAUUUCAAGAAUUUUUAGAACCUAAAGAUUAUCAUCAUUCCAGUGCGAAGAAAACAAGUUUUGCUGAGCAGACAUUGUUUCACGAAACUCCUGAACAAAAAUAUGGCCCAACAACUACAAAAAGAGCAAGUUUUCUCAACCAGAAAUUCAUUGAAGACCUUCUGGAAGCAAAAUUUCUUUAUCCAAAUACUACAAGAAGAAGUUACACUGACCAGAUGCUGAUGGAAGACAAUCUAGAACCAAUACUGACUCCAUCACACACAAAGAAAACAAGUGUUUCAGACCAGAAAUUACUUUAUGAACCUCUCAAACUGAAAUCAGCUACACCAAAUGUAAAGAAAACAAGCUUUGCUGAAGAUAAGUCAUUUCAACAACUUAUGGAAGCAAUAACACCUCCACAAUACAUAAAGAAAACAAGUUUUGCUGACCAGAAAUCAUCUCAAGAAUCUCUGGAAUCAAAACGAUCAAGCCAACAUUCUCAAAAUAAUAUCAAGGUUUUUAUUAAGACAUCAACAAUUUCACCUCAACACAGGGACUCACGAAAUACAAGAGAGCAAAAGAUUGCAUUGGAUUCAAGUCCCCUGAAGCAAAAUAAACAACUCUUAAGAUUUGCCAUUGAGUACUAG